AUGCCUCUCGGUAUCCAUAACCCCCUGCCGUCGUCUUUGGCCAGUGAAUGCAAGAAGGCGGCAAAGAUCCUGACUUCCUUUGUGGACCCUAAACAGGCAUUUGGUCCAGAUAAGGUCAUCCCACCAGACAUUCUAGCUGGCGCAAAGGGCUUGGCGAUUCUCACGGUUCUGAAAGCUGGCUUCAUUGGCUCUGGUCGAUUUGGCUCUGGUGUUGUCGUCGCCCGUCUUGCUGAUGGCUCAUGGUCGGCUCCCUCCGCCAUUGCGACCGCUGGCGCGGGUGUCGGAGGCCAGAUUGGAUUCGAACUCACCGACUUUGUUUUUAUCCUGAACGACGCGUCCGCCGUCCGCACAUUCUCUCAAUUCGGUACUCUCACUCUGGGUGGUAACGUCUCGCUGGCCGCAGGACCGGUCGGACGAAAUGCGGAGGCUGCCGGUGCGGCCAGUACAAAGGGCGUUGCGGCCAUCUUCUCAUACUCGAAGACGAAGGGUCUAUUCGCUGGUGUCAGUUUGGAGGGUAGUAUGUUGGUGGAGCGCAAGGAUGCCAAUGAAAAGAUGUAUCAGAGCCGUGUCUCGGCUAGCCAGCUUCUCACUGGCACCGUGCGACCUCCACCUUCUACCGAUGCAUUGUUGCGUGUUCUCAACUCCCGUAUAUUCCAAGGCAACAACAGCCGGGUGAACGGAGAUACCAUGUAUAACGAUGUGCCGGUCUACGACGAUAGCCAUGACGAUGUAGUCUGGGAAGGCCGCAGAGGAGAUGCCUAUGGGCAAGGCGUGACUCGAGAACGGUCCAAUACUACCCAAAAUGAAUAUGAAUACCGCGAUAGGCCACGUCGCGCGAAUACUUGGGCCGAUGAUGUCUAUGAUCGCCAACCAGGAGGACUGGGUCGUUCAUCGACAACCGCCUCCCGAGAUGCCCCGCCCAGCUAUGACAAUGGCUAUGGACGCAGCCGGAGCAACACAUACGAUAACGAUGACUACUCAUACUCUGACCGUCGACCAACCCGCCCUGCAGCGCCCAAGCCGGUCUUUGGGCAGAAAACGGGUGCAGGUGCGGCACUUCGGCAGGACCAGGUGGUCGCGCGUUACACGUUUGAUGCUGAUCAAGAAGGGGAUCUGGGAUUCAAGAAGGGUGAAAUUAUCACCAUCAUCAAGCGAACUGAGAAGGCAGAGGAUUGGUGGACAGGGCGGAUCGGUGAUCGAGUUGGUAUCUUCCCCAGCAACUACGUUGAAACCUCUUAA